AAAGCGAAUGAGGCAGGAAAGAAGCAACGCCCCAGCACGUCGCCCGGGAACGCCUUGCCGACCACAAAUGGCGACAAUUUUGCUCUUAUUGCUUUGCGCUGUGUCGACAGCGGCUCGUGGGACACUCAAACUGGAUGGCUCUCAUCUACGCCGGACGGGCGCGUCAGCAGCCGCGGCCACAGGGCGCGGCGACAAGUUCCCCUACUACUGCUCCAAAGAUGUCCGACGCACGCGGGCCGUCCCGCCGCUGAGCGCCGAGGCGAUGGCUAAGAGCCCGCAGCUGGCGCAGAUACAGGCAAGAAAGAACAGCCAGGCCAGCCAGAUCAUGCGGACACAUCGCAAGGUGUGGUUGCCAUGCUUGUGCUUGUCUGCCUUGCCAGAUGGUGAUUCGUCACGGAGCGCGGACGCCCGACCACUCCUCGUUUUGCUGGGACAACUAUGACAUCCGCUGGAACUGCUCCCUCACCAUGGGCAUCAGGGGACAGUCAUUCAUCCCCAGCCAGCAGCCCGUCACGCUCGCAUCCGUCCUCCCACCCUCAUUACCAAACGACACGGCCACCGAGCGGGGCCACGCGCAGACACGUGGCCUGGAAAUGCAGGACAUGCCCACGGUCACCGAGCAGCAGACGUUUCUGUUCCCAAAGGUGUACGACAGCUACCCCAAUGUGCUUGGCGGUACCUGCCAGGAGGGGCAGCUGAUCGAGGAGGGCAUGGCCCAGCACGCACAGCUGGGCAAGCUGGUGCGGCAGGCAUACCUGAGCGCCGAGAGCGGCAGCAACGCGUCGCUGUCCUUCCUGCCGCUGGUGCGGAUGCAGCGGGAGCAGCAGGGGUCUGGCGGCAUCCGUGUGUACUUCCGGUCGGACGACGUGCAGCGGACGCUGCUGAGUGGGGCGACGCUGCUGACUUAUUUUCUGAAGGGUCGGGAGGGCGAGACCGAGCAGGAGGCAGGGGAAAUUGUGAGCGACCAUCCGGUGCUCCAUGUGCACACGGUGAGAGGACGGUAGGGGGAGACGAUGACAGCCCUAGGCUGCUUGCACCACGUGUUGUGUGUGUGUGUGUGUUGCAGGGCGACUACAGAUUGGACACCAUGUACCCAAACGAUGGUGAGGCAGGCAGUCACUCACGCGCACAGACAAACGAAGAAACACACACAGACUUUCUGCCUGCCUGCCUGCAUGAAUUCCCCACAGAUGUGUGUCCUCGUUUGAAGGAGCUCAAGCACGCCGCCCGCAACAGCGAGCCCUGCAAACAGUGGCGCGACUCAGACGAGCAGAAAGCCGUCCUCGAGUCACUGCGUGAGAUCCCCGACAUCGGCGGGCCGAACUACCAUUUUUCGCACCACCUGAUGGACUGUCUCUUCACGGCCACAUGCACCGAGCACCGAGUGCCUCGAGGUCAGUGGGCUGCAUGCAGACAGAAGGAAAGCCACCAUACGAACGCAUUUGAUGGGAGUGUGUAGGUCUCGAGUGGUCGGCUGACAGCUUGUUUGCGCGUUACGUGGGCCAGGUGGAGAAAGAGGAGGCCGCGUGCCGCUUCAGCGCCAACGACGCCGCCUACUCGAAGCUCGCUGCCACACCAGUCAUACACGACAUGAGGCAGAAGGCCGCAAAGGUCAGCAAGUCACCACGCAGUGAAUGGCGCCCAUCGCACUCAUCUCAUGUGUGUGUGUUAUGCAGGGCCUGUCAGAAGCACAGCGGAAGAGCGGCGGAGAGCGAUCGCCGCCAACGGCCCCGCACAUUGCCUUGUGGAGCGGACAUGACACGGUCAGACAGACCGGAAAUGAGCAAAGCACCUGCACUUACACAUGAUGUGCCGUGUGUGUGUGUGCAGACGCUGAUGCCAGUAUUGGCUGCCAUGGGCGCCUGGGACGGCAAGUGGCCCAGCUACGCAUCCAUCAUCAUACUGGAGGUGAGAGGCGCGAAGCAUGAGCCAGCCACGUCAUGGAUAUAUUGGUGUAUCUGUCGUGUGCUGACUGAUGCGAUCGAUGCAGCUGUAUACUGUUGGUGCCGACAGCCGUGAGGCCUACUUCCGCCUCAUCUAUAACGGCGAGGUCAUCACGUCCAUGAUCAAGGGAUGCGACCCACAACAAGACCUGUGCUCGGUACGUAGACGCAAUACAAGGGAAACACGUCAAUCUUUCUCUCUGUCUGUUUCCUCAGUAUGACCACUUCGAUGCCGUGACGUCAUUCGCCAAGGACGGUCCCGAUUGCGACCCGACCGAACCCCCCACACAACAAGACACAAGCCCCAUAGCCCCGCCCCCACCCCUGUCCCCUCCCGAGUACUCAUCACACACCAACAGAAACGUCGGCGUGUCCGACAUGGACGAGCCCCUUGCCUCGGCCGACAUCCCCCCGCAGCACCCCUUCCCAUGGACGUUGGGUCUGUGGCUGCUGCUCUGUGUGGCGUGUGCAAUUGUGGGAGGCUUCCUGGGGGCUGGGGCGACGCUUGCUUUCGUCAGAAAGGUAUGUAUGGGACAGAAAGAUCGGGCUCGUGGGCGAGCGGAGAGCGUGGUGUUUGUUUGGCGCGUUUGGUGGUUGCAGACUUCCCGGGGAGGGAAUUUGCCGCCAGUCGACUUCCCAACGGGUAAAUAGGGAGAGGGGGCACACACGCCGCGAGAGGUAAACACCAACCUCUGUGUGCAUGGUUGUCCGUCAGUGUCGGCAUCCAACAACGCCGGCAGUACCCGGCGAGGGCCGCGCUACGUCGAGCUCGAAAGCCCUACCCACGACCCACACCCAUUCGACACACACGAAGGCAGCCACAGCAAGGCAAUACCACGGCCGACAUCCAUCCCAGACCACAAAGACUCGCCGCCCGUGGUGGACAGGCGGCCGUCGAAGGAGCGGCCGUUGAUGCCAGUAUGGGAGCUGCAUAUGAACGGCACACAUGGGGGCGAGGGCGGGGAGGGGGCAGGGGGAGACGAAGAGAAAGGGAAGGGGCAGACAGACUACCUGACAUGACCAUAUUGGUGAUGGACACAGUAUGUGUAUUGUGUAUGCGUGUUGCGUGUCUGUUGGUUGCGUGUGCGUGGGUGGGGGCGCGUCAUGUGACAACAUGGGCGGAUUUCGCAUCGCGUCUGCGUGGCCGUGAAGAAGGGAGGGAAGUUUUCUCGUCAUGUCUCUUUCCGUGUGUGUGAGAAUAGUCCAAUAUUCAUGGGUCAUGGGUCAUGAUAUAUACGUGAUGUCAGUCAUUUCUGCACCAGAUCAGGCAGGCCAUUGGUGCCUUGAAAUGCACGCACGCCUUAUUGGUUUGUACCUGUCUGCCUACUGGUGCUCAAUUCGUGAACACAUGAGCCGGCCGCCAACACUGCGGCCCUUUGUCAGUGAUUCGUUAUGUCCCACAUACUUGACACGAUUUCCACGAUCAACCUCCAGUAUUUACGAG